AUGUCGUACGGGAACACUGACUCUGCAGCGGGCCUGCUGCUGAGGCAGUUCAGAGAGUUGCGGGACCCGCGGCGGAGAAUGCCCUGCUUCCACAUCGAGCUGGUCGAGAAAUCAAACAUCUUCGAGUGGGAAGUCGGGUUCAUGGUCACGAACGAGGACUCCAUCUACCACGGCGCGUACCUGACCGGGCUGCUGUGCUUCCCGCGGAACUUCCCCUUCUCCCCGCCCACUUUCCUUUUCUGCCCGCCCAUCUACCACCCGAACGUGUUUUCGAACGGCUCUCUGUGUAUCUCCAUCCUGCACGAGUGCGGCGACGACACAAACGAGGAGCCGGACUCGGAGACUUGGUCUCCGGUGCAAACGGUGGAGACUGUGCUGAUCUCGAUCAUUUCCCUCCUGGACGACCCAAACGUGUCGUCCCCGGCAAACGUCGACGCUGCGGUAGAGUACAAGAACGCAAGACAGGAGUACAACAAGAGAGUGAUCCUUGAAGUGGAGGCUUCCAAGAAAAAUAUGCCCCCCGGGAUGGUCUACCCUGCAUCGGCCGUCGAUCCAAGUCCCACGUCCCUCCAGGAGAAAACCCCUGUAGAAGAGUUCUGGCAAGACGUCGACGACGACGACGACGGUGGCGGAUUGCAGUUCGAAAGCGAUUGA